CUCUCACUUCGUAAUCAAAUUUCUCUCCCAAUUAUGAUUAUAUUAAUUUAAAUUGUUUCUUUUUCUCUCUUUGUGUCAUUCAAAACGAAAUUAAUUCAUCUUUGAUUAGGAAGAUUCAUUGGUUUUCUUUUUUUUUCUUCUCUGUGUUUGUGUGUUUUGUCUUUGGUAUCGUCGUUGGAUUUUACUAUUUAGGCGAUUUUCUCGUUUUAAUUAUUCUACAAACUCAUCUUAGUAUUUUCUUCUCGUUUAUUUCUAUGUAUAUUGUUGGUUUGGUUUAAACUUCUACUACUACACUAUCCUUAUUCCAGUGAUUCAACUUACUACAGUCUCUCCUUUUCUCUUCUUCUCUUCUUCUCUGUCUGUCUGGACCUUUUAAAUAAUUUAAUCUUCUAUUCACCUUACUAUUACUACUACAACAAAAACAGUUUACUAAAUUAAAUUAAUUUAAAAUAAUCAAAAUAUUUACAAAGAAAUGGCCAAAGCGGGACAAGGACAAACAUUAAAUGAUAGGUUAAACGCAGCCCGAUAUGCUCUUGCUGGACAAGGAUUGGCUCGAGUUGUUUGUAAGGCAACAACGGAAGAAAUUAUUGGACCUAAAAAGAAACAUUUAGAUUAUUUACUUCAAUGUACCCACGAACCUAAUGUAUCUAUACCACAAUUAGCAAAUCUCCUGAUCGAGCGGACAAACCAUAGCUCUUGGGUCGUCGUUUUCAAAGCACUAAUAACUGUACACUAUCUUAUGUGUUAUGGGAAUGAGCGUUUCACCCAGUACUUAGCGUCUAAUAACUGUACCUUCCAGUUGAAUAAUUUCCUUGACAGGACUAACCUAAAAGGCUAUGACAUGUCAACUUAUAUCAAAAGAUAUUCCAAGUAUAUUAAUGAGAAAGCUUUAUCAUACCGAACUGUGGCAUUCGAUUUCGCUAAAAUCAAGAGAGGAAAAGAAGAUGGAUUCUUACGAACUAUGCCUUCGGAAAAGCUUCUUAAAACUUUAGCUGUAUUACAAAGUCAAAUCGAUGGACUACUUGAAUUUGAUUGUCCAGCAAAUAAUUUGAAUAAUGGUGUAAUUAAUGCAGCAUUCAUGCUCUUAUUCAGAGACCUGAUUCGGCUUUUUGCUUGUUACAAUGAUGGAAUAAUCAAUUUGUUGGAAAAAUUUUUCGACAUGAACAAGAAACAAUGUCGAGAUGCUUUGGAGAUAUAUAAAAAGUUCCUCAUUCGAAUGGACCGAGUAGCUGAAUUUUUAAAAGUUGCUGAAAAUGUUGGUAUCGAUAAAGGUGAAAUUCCAGAUUUAACCAAGGCACCUUCCUCUCUUCUAGAGGCACUUGAGCAACACCUUCAAGCUAUAGAAGGUGGUAAGAAGGGCAAAAGCACAAAAGAAGCUUUCUACUCUUCUCAAGGAGUUUCAACCACUUCAACGCCAUUAUCCAAUUUUGAACCACCAAGUGAAGGAGGUAUUGAUGAUUUGGUUAAAAAAGCUCUCGAAGAAGAAGCUCAAUUUAUCAAUCAAUUAAAACAGACUUCAAUUCAAUUUCAGGAGAAACCUAUUCAAGAUCAAUCAACAUCAUCUACAAAUCCAUUUAAUCCAUUUCUCAGUUCACCAACUGAUCCGGAACCUGAAUUAACUCCAGUAGUAGCACAGAAAGCCAGUGAUAUACUUUUAGAUCUGUUUGAUAACAGUGAUACAUUCGCAAACAAUUUUACCUCUACCGUGCCCGUUGUGGCUCCAAGUAAACCCAGUGAGAAUCUUCUUAUGUUAGCGGAUACUGGCACAUCCUUGAACUCAACUCUUACCUCAACCUUACCCUCGUCUUCCAAUGGUGUUUCUUCAGCACCGGUAAAAGAUGCGAUGGUUUUUGAUGCCAAUUUUGCUGCUGUUUUUGGUCAAACAUCAAAUUCAAAUACAUCAUCAGGAUUUGAUGCCUUUGGUGAUAUACUUCAACCACAGAAAAGUAACACUUCUGUUACUGGAUUAAAUAAUAGCACAAUUAAUACAAAUGCAAUGGCUUCAGUUGCACCAAUGUCAACACAAAACACUGGAUGUUUGAUUAAAGGAGAUUUAGACUCAAGUUUAGCUAGUUUGAUACAGAAUUUAGAUAUCAAUCUACCCAAAUCAGCAGGAGUAGUUAAAGGAUGGAGACCUCAGCAUAAAGGAAAAGGCCGUAUUCUAAAUUGAUCUAAUUAUAUUUUCGGGUAAAUUAAACAAAAAAGAAAGUUAAACACAAAACAAAAGAAAACGAAAGAAAAAUUAAAACAAAAAUCUAUAUUAAAGUAAAUAUGUAUGAUGAAUAAUAUUAAUAUUGAAGAAGCGCAAAAAAAGUCAAUUAAAUAAUUUAAUGUUAUCUAAAUUGUAAAUGGUGUCAAAUUAAACACCAUUUACAUGGUACAAAAUAUCAAAA